AUGGAGAAAGACAAACACAUGAUAAAAACUCCCUUAUUAGGAAAGUCUCUAGAUAUGCCUAGCCAAUUUGAGCUGCUCAGCUUUCGAUCAGAAAUUAAUUCUGUACCGACAAAUCUCGACUCAAAUUGAGUUCGCUGUGCCACAUGCUCAACAAUGCUGGCUUAUUCAAGAGAUAUGCACAUUGCAAGAUGUCCAGUAUGCAGGAAUUUAACCGCAAUUAAGCCUGUGUCGCAGAUGGUAUGCAGCAGAUGUGAACAAAUUUUGCUCUUCCCAUCAGAUGUUAAGAUUGUUACAUGCACUUGUGGUGAAUCAUAUGAAGCAUAUAAUGGAAAUGCAAAACAGAUAUAA